AUGAGCUCCAACACCAAAACAGAUGCCCAGCGUCUCCCUCCACCAGAGCCGGCAGAAGCCACUCAAAACAGAUUCAGAGUCAUCCUCGCCUUCUGGGCGGUGAUAAUUUUCCUGGGGUUCCCCAUAUGGUGGAAGACUACAUCCAUCUACAGAGCCCGGCUGCCUUUCCAGGAGAUGGUUGAUUGGGCUGAUGGAAAGACAUGUCGGCCAGUAUUUCCUCUCGAGAUCCAAUUGGCAACUUCGUCCAUGCCGAUUGCAGACGCACAGCAUUUACUCCGCACCACGCAGCACACCCUGGACGAUCUCAACGAAUUCUCCGCCCACCAUCUCAGACUGAAACUGCUGGAUGACGGAACCUCUAAACCGGAAAUAAAUGGAGAUAAAACAGAAGGAUCAACAUCCGCCGCUGGAGAAAAGGCUGAUACAGCACUGACGGUCCGGCUACUGCCUCAAGACGACCUGGCUGCCCCCAAGUCCGAACUCCAUCCCGACACCACCCAGCUGGAUGUCUUCUACCCGCCCAGCCAAAUUCCGGUUCCUUCGUCGUCGAAUUCGCCCUUGUCGUCCUUCAUUGCGGAGGAGCUCCAGCGCCUGUUCAGCGAGGAAAAGGCUACCAUCGCCCAGAUUCUGUCUGACAACAAUGGCCCAGGUAACAACGUUGCUAUGUCCUCGAACCAUCAGCAGGCUGCGGUUCUCAAUUCGAUUUCUCCGCAGCUUGCAGAGAGCAUCAGCAGAAGAUUGAGACGGUCGAUGAAGUACGCAGACACUUAUCAUCUGGCUUUCUCUUUGUUCACACCCGGGUCCGAGCCUUCAUCUUGGGACAUUGAAGCGGCCAUUCAAGAAUAUAUGUCGCCUCUUCUGCAAGCAUUCGCUCCCAUCAGCAACUUUACUGUCGAUACCCAAGUCCAGUUGUAUGCCGCAUUCUCUCCCACCGCGCCGUUACCCGAGUAUGACGAGUCGCAAGCGGCAUGGACUCUCAAGAAGGAAGAUCUAAGCGCCUUCAUCAACGCAGCAGAAUGGCCUCUGAGUCCGAGUAUCGGCAACGGUCCAACCAUCAACUUUAUCCUCUAUGUACCAGACCCGUCACAGUCCCCCUUGGUCGUCCGGGAGAACAAGGCUACGAGCUGGAUCAUUCCCCAAUGGGGUGGAGUAUUCCUCUUGAACCCACCCCUAUCCACCGAAAACCCUUCAAACCCAUCACAUCUUUCGGAAGAAUCACUGCGCUCGGCUUUCUUGACAUUCUCCCACCAACUCCUCACCCUCUUAGGGACCCCGACUACCCCGGCCUCCCUUCCCCUGCGCCUCCAAACCCUCAUCCGCAUCCGUGCCGCAACUCUACUUCUCUCCGCAUCCUCCACCAUGGGCUCACUGGCCCGUCUUACUGAAUCCCUCCCUUCCAUUCCAAUUCCUGCUACGGUUGCUGCAUCUGUAUCCACGACACUCUCGCAUCUGGCUUCGGCUUGCACUCAUCUCCGCGAGGGCCGCUUCGCAGCAGCUCUAGCCAGUGCCCGGGUAGCCGAAGCAGAAGCCGAACGCAGUUUCUUUGAAAAGAGUAUGGUCGGACAGGUUUAUUUCCCCGAUGAGCACAAGGUGGCCGUCUAUCUUCCGCUGUUAGGACCAAUUGGUGUACCUCUUAUUGUUGGACUAUUGAAGGAGAUAAAGAGAAUUGUUGCGGGUUUGAAGGCGAAGAAAGCGCAUUAA